AUCGAAGGGGGCGGGGAUAGAACGCGGGGAUUGGAAGGAGGCGGGGAUAAAACCCGGGACCCGAAUACCCGGCUAGGGACACGCGAGACGGGAAUCGGGGUUUCUGGGUGACGGUGAUCUAGGGGUGGGCAGGAAUCCAAAGGGCUGUCGACCCGGACUCCUUGCACUGGGAUUGGACAUAUGGAAGCGGGAGAUUUGGGGCCGGCACUCAAAAUCGGGGGGCGGGGGUGAACUCCGGUUUGGCCCCCAGGAUCCGACCGGCGGACCCCUGAUUCAACGUGCCUCUCCACGCGUUCACAGAGGCCCCCAAUUGACGUCCGUCCCGCAAAACUUCUGGGUCUACAAACCAGAACCCUCAAAACCCCUCAGGACUCCAGCGUAAAAUGGCAGAAGCGCACCAGGCCGUGGGCUUCCGACCCUCGCUGACCUCGGACGGGGUCGAAGUGGAACUUAGUGCCCCUGUGCUGCAGGAGAUCUACCUCUCUGGCCUGCGCUCCUGGAAAAGGCAUCUGUCACGUUUCUGGAAUGACUUUCUCACCGGUGUGUUCCCUGCCAGCCCCCUCAGCUGGCUUUUCCUCUUCAGUGCCAUCCAGCUUGCCUGGUUCCUCCAGCUGGAUCCUUCCUUGGGACUGAUGGAAAAGAUCAAAGAGUUGCUGCCCGACUGGGGUGGGCAGCACCACAGGCUCCGGGGGAUCCUGGCAGCCGCGCUGUUUGCCUCAUGUUUGUGGGGAGCCCUGAUCUUCACGCUGCACGUGGCGCUGAGGCUGCUUCUGUCCUACCACGGCUGGCUUCUUGAGCCCCACGGAGCCAUGUCCUCUCCCACCAAGACCUGGCUGGCCUUGGUCCGCAUCUUCUCCGGCCGCCACCCGAUGCUCUUCAGUUACCAGCGCUCCCUGCCGCGCCAGCCCGUGCCCUCUGUGCAGGACACUGUGCGCAAGUACCUGGAGUCGGUCCGGCCCGUCCUGUCUGACGAGGACUUCGACUGGACCGCGGUCCUGGCGCAGGAAUUCCUGAGGCUGCAGGCGUCGUUGCUGCAGUGGUACCUGCGGCUCAAGUCCUGGUGGGCGUCCAACUAUGUCAGUGACUGGUGGGAGGAAUUUGUGUACCUGCGCUCCCGAAAUCCACUGAUGGUGAACAGCAACUAUUACAUGAUGGACUUCCUGUAUGUCACGCCCACACCUCUGCAGGCAGCUCGCGCUGGAAACGCCAUCCAUGCUCUCCUCCUGUACCGUCACCGCCUGAACCGCCAGGAGAUCCCCCCGGUAAGAGGGGCCCAGUGGGCUAGGGUGGAGCUGUGGUCCUGUGGCGUGGGUCCUGGAAAGCAGCUCACAGCCCGCGGUUUCCUGCAGACUUUGCUGAUGGGAAUGCGUCCCUUAUGCUCUGCCCAGUACGAGAAGAUCUUCAACACCACGCGGAUUCCAGGUGUCCAAAGAGACUACAUCCACCACCUCCACGACAGCCAACAUGUGGCUGUCUUCCACCGAGGCCGAUUCUUCCGCGUGGGGACCCACUCCCGAAACAGCCUGCUUUCCCCGAGGGCCCUGGAGCAGCAGUUUCAGCGAAUCCUGGAUGAUCCGUCACCGGCCUGCCCCUAUGAGGAACAUCUGGCCGCUCUGACCGCUGCUCCCAGGGACACGUGGGCCCAGGUGCGGACGUCCCUGAAGACCCAGGCGGCAGAGGCCCUGGAGGUGGUGGAAGGGGCUGCUUUCUUUGUGUCACUGGACGCUGAGCCCGCGGGGCUCACCAGGGAGGACCCGGCGGCGUCGUUGGAUGCCUAUGCCCAUGCCCUGCUGGCCGGCCGGGGCCAUGACCGCUGGUUUGACAAAUCCUUCACCCUAAUCGUCUUCUCCAAUGGGAAGCUGGGGCUCAGCGUGGAGCACUCCUGGGCCGACUGCCCCAUCUCAGGACACAUGUGGGAGUUCACUCUGGCUACAGAAUGCUUUCAGCUGGGCUACUCAGCAGACGGCCACUGCAAGGGACACCCGGACCCCACACUACCCCAGCCCCAGCGGCUGCAAUGGGACCUUCCAGACCAGCAGAUCCACUCCUCCAUCUCUGUAGCCCUGCGGGGAGCCAAGAUCUUGUCUGAAAAUGUUGACUGCCACGUCUUUCCAUUCUCCCUGUUCGGCAAGAGCUUCAUCAGACGCUGCCACCUCUCUUCAGACAGCUUCAUCCAGAUCGCCUUGCAGCUGGCCCACUUCCGGGACAGGGGUCAAUUCUGCCUGACUUAUGAGUCGGCCAUGACGCGCUUGUUCCUGGAAGGCCGGACAGAGACGGUGCGGUCUUGCACGAGGGAGGCCUGCAGCUUUGUGAGAGCCAUGGAGGACAAAGAGAAGACAGACCCACAGUGCCUCGCCCUGUUUCGCGUGGCAGUGGACAAGCACCAGGCUCUGCUGAAGGCAGCCAUGAGCGGGCAGGGAGUGGACCGCCACCUCUUCGCGCUCUACAUCGUGUCCCGAUUCCUCCACCUGCAGUCGCCCUUCCUGACCCAGGUCCAUUCGGAGCAGUGGCAGCUGUCCACCAGCCAGAUCCCUGUUCAGCAAAUGCACCUGUUUGACAUCCACAAUUACCCGGACUAUGUUUCCUCGGGCGGUGGAUUCGGGCCUGCUGAUGAGCAUGGUUAUGGUGUUUCUUAUAUCUUCAUGGGGGAUGACAUGAUCACCUUCCACAUCUCCAGCAAAAAGUCAAGCACAAAAACGGACUCCCACAGGCUGGGGCAGCACAUUGAGGAUGCCCUGUUGGAUGUGGCCUCCCUGUUCCAGGCGGGGCAGCAUUUUAAGCGCCAGUUCAGAGGUUCAAGGGAGGAGGACUCGAGGCGCAGGUGCGGAUUUCUUUCCCGCCAGACUGGGGCCUCCAAGACAUCUAUGACAUCCCCUGAAAUCUGACUCCUUCCAGCAGGCAGCAGGCCUCCCCUUGGGAAUGAGGGUGACGAUGGCCACCUCUGGGAUGGCACAGGACAGGUUAGCCUGUUUGGCAACCCCACAUCCAGGCCAAUAAAGAUGUGUGAGCUGGG